AGACACUUGAACGCAGCACGUUGUAGGACUGCUGAGGAGAUGAAUGGACGAAGCUCCGCCCCCUGCUCGUGGACAGCAGCCGUCCACCUGAAGCCGUGAGUCGGGUACAUGCACGGAUACCUCACCUCUACACCGCUCCUCAGGAGUCUACGGCGACGUCAGAGCCAAGAUGGGGCGGAAGGAGAUCAUCUGCAGCUGGAAGAAGAGCACCAGUAACAUCAAGGAUGUAUUUGACUUCAAGGGAAAAAUGGGAUCGGGGUCUUUUUCAGAGGUUUUUAUGGUGAGAGAAAAGAAAACAGGGCAACUAUAUGCCCUGAAAUGUCUGAAGAAAAAACACCUUGCUUAUAGCAACCUGGAAAAUGAAAUCAAAGUGCUGAAGAGAAUAAAGCACGAGAAUGUGGUGGGACUAGAGGAUUUCUAUGAGAGUCGAACACACUACUACCUGGUCAUGCAGCUGGUGUCAGGCGGGGAGCUAUUUGAUCGCAUUUUAGACAAGGGGGUUUACACUGAGAAGGAUGCCAGCAAAGUGAUCAAACAGGUGCUGCAGGCAGUCAGCUACCUGCACGAAAACAGCAUUGUGCACAGGGACCUUAAGCCGGAGAAUCUGCUGUACUACAACACAGAUGAGAAUGCAAAGAUUAUGGUCAGUGACUUUGGUCUGUCGAAGACGCUGGAGCAUGGUGUAAUGUCUACAGCCUGUGGUACACCCGGAUAUGUUGCCCCUGAAGUUUUGGCUCAGAAACCCUACAGCAAAACAGUGGACUGCUGGUCCAUUGGAGUUAUCACUUACAUUCUGCUCUGUGGCUACCCUCCGUUCUUUGAAGAGAAUGAGACGCGUCUAUUUUCAAAGAUUAUGAGGGCUGAGUACGCCUUUCAUUCACCCUUCUGGGACGACAUCUCUGAGUCAGCCAAAGACUUUAUCAGGAAUAUGAUGGAGAAAAACCCCACAAAACGCUUCACCACCGAACAGGCGCUCAGACACCCCUGGAUUGCUGAAGAUACAGCUAAAGACUUAGACAUUUAUCAGUCUGUCUGUGAACAGAUGGAGAGAAACUUUGCCAAAUCUAAAUGGAAGCAAGCCUUCAACGCAGCCUCAGUAAUCAACCACAUGAAGAAACUGCAUAUGUCCCACAGUGAGACCACCCCGUCCCCCCUCUCCCUGCCCAACAUAAUAGUUCAUACGUCCUCUCCGGAUGGCUUGGAGCCACUGACACCCGGCCACGAUGAGGAUGACCCCCUUGACCCCAACGGGAAUCCUGUCCAUGCUGCCAGUCAUCUUUCCUGCCACAAGUGUGAGUCGAGCAGAGGUGUCUGUCCAGCACUGAGAGCGAGUCAUAGCGAACCUGGCAAGCCCCUGACCAUCGAUGAGUCAAGAGAAGUUUAUAACUUCCAUUCAGAGAGUGACGUUGCUUUCAGGCCAUCUGAAAGCCUGGAUGCUGUGGCUCAGAGGACGGACCAGCCGCUUCAGUCUGGAGUGUGUUCUGUCAUGUGAUUUACUAACUGUCCUGACAUGAAUCCUGUGCAGGUAAACAGGCCUCUCUCCCUGUGUUUGAAUUUCAAUGCAGGCUACACAGAUUCCCAUCUUAUACUUGCCUGUAACUGAUAACUCCUUUUUAAAAAUCCUUCAAAAAUUAUUGUUUUUUUUUCUUUUGUUUGAGUGGAUUGCACUCAGUGGCCUCCCUCUUUCUCACAUUUGCGGCACAGUUUUUUCAUUUCUGUUGUGGUAUUCUGCUGCAGAAAACACACCCAUCAACAGACGUACACCACCGUUCAAAAGUUUGGGGUCACUUAGAAAUGUCCUUAGUUUUGAAAGAAAAGCAUGUUUUAUCAAUGAGGAUAACAUUAAAUGAAUGAUAAAUCCAGUGUAGACAUUGUUAAUGUGGUAAAUGACUAUUGUAGCUGGAAACAGCUGAUUUUUAAUGGAAUAUCUCCAUAGAGGUACAGAGGAACAUUUCCAGCAACCAUCACUCCUGUGUUCUAAUGCGACAUUGUGUUAGCUAAUGGUGUUGAAAGGCUCACUGAUGAUUAGAAAACCCUUGUGCAGUUAUGUUAGCACAUGGAGAAAAGUGGGAGUUUUCAUGGAAAACAUGGAAUUGUCUGGAUGACCCAAACAUUUGAACGGUGGUGUACAUGGAUGACACAAUAUCUUUACUGUAACAAAGACUGUAAAUGACUGUUUAUACGGCAAACGUCACAAAUCAACUGACCAAAGCAGAAAUUCAUCAUUUCAAAUUCCUACAUGCAUAUCUAAAGACGUUUAUUUUCUCAAAAGUAUCAUUAAUUGUGUAUAACUGUCAAUAUGUAACUAUCUUACUGGAAUGUAUUCAUUUAAAUUAGACUUAGGUGUCAUGCAAUGUAUAACCUGAUAUAUGUUUGGGUUUUUUUAGUUCUAUUUUGAAUAUCUUGGCUAAGCUUUGAAUUCUGAUAACUUCAGAGUAAUAUCAUUUGUAUAGUGUGUAUAUCUUUGUUAAGGUACCUAUUUAAUUUUGAAAUCGAGCACUAUAAAAUAAUCUGGGAAUGUAUCUUUACCUGUAGGAAGAUGUUUGGUCAUGUAUUAUUAUUUUGCCGAUCAUGAUUAUGCGGAUGGAUUUUAGUCCAGUUUCCACUUUUCAGUAAGAUGAUGGACUCAAAAUGUUCUUUUUCUUCCUGAGAUUAAACUUUAUUUUGAGGUGGAGUCAUGGACACACAGCAUUGAGGUCUUUCUCUGGGUUUUCUCUGAUAUGUCUAUAAGCUGUUCUCUGUACUGAUCAAGUGCCACAAGCUGGUGUAAAGAUGGUGUCAAUGCUAGUGAUGUCACUGAUGACUGAAUUCAUACAUUUAGUGAAAUACAUGCUUUUUUUGUAUUAUUUUCUCAAUAAAUAUGCCGUGACUAGUC